UCAGCUCACAAACAACCCAGCCCAGGAGGCAGCCCGAAUUCCUGAAGUUGCCAGAGGUGCUUCUCCCACUGCAGGAGGAAAGGUCUCCUGGACGGCCUGGCCAGGUGCUCUGCUUGUUCCCACAGGGGCAACCCUUAGGCGCAGACCCCGACCAUGCGGGCCUUACUGUGUGGCUGCCUGCUUCUGGCAGCAGGCCUGGCACAUGCCCUGAACAGCACGGACCCGGAGGAGCCCAGCCCCAAUGUGUUGGAGCAGAUCCGUGACAUGCAUGCCAAGGUGAUGGACAUCUGGAAGGAGCUGGUGCCACGGCAGCAGGCGACCGGAGAGCUACACGCAGUGUGUCGCGUGCAGCCGUCCUCCAAGCUGGGCACCGGGCAGCCCCGGGUCACUGGCCUGGUCCUCUUUCGGCAGUCCGCUCCUGAGGCCAGGCUUGAGGCCAUCUUCGACCUGGAGGGCUUCCCCGAGGACGCCACCGGCUCCCGACGUGCCAUCCAUGUGCACCGCUUCGGCGACCUGAGCCAGGGCUGUGACUCCACAGGACCACACUACAACCCAUGGUCCACGCCGCACCCGCAACAUCCUGGCGACUUCGGCAACUUUGUGGUGCGCCCUGGAGGCCGCCUUUGGAAGUACCAGGCCGGGCUCCCCGCUUCCCUCGCAGGCCCACAUUCCAUCGUGGGCCGUGCCCUGGUAGUCCACGCCGGAGAAGAUGACAUGGGCUGCGGCGACAACCCGGCCAGCUUGGAGAACGGCAACGCAGGGCCCAGGCUGGCCUGCUGCGUGGUGGGCUUGGGCAGCACAGAGGCAUGGGCGAGCGGGGCGCGGGAGCUGGAGGAGCACAGGAAGAGGCGACGCAACAGUGACUGCAAGACUGCCUGAGCACCCUGGAUGCCACCUGCCUUGGAGCCCACCGUCCCUCCUAGGACACCCUGCAUGCCCCCACGCACCCAAGCCCUAACCCUGCCACACACCUGUGCACCAAGACCCACCCUGCCUGGACUUCCCUGUGUGCCUGUGAGCCCCGUGUACCUGAGAGCUCCAGGCCCAGAAGCCCUCCAUACACCCAGAGAGCCCUCUCAGCCCCCCACAUUCCAUGCACUUGGAGAUCCCACCCAGUCAGGACACCCCUUUGAAUCCUGAGAGUCCUCCUUGCCGGGACAACCAUUUCCCUGUACCCCAGGGGUCCUCUGCUGGGACACAUCAGUGUACUCUAAAGGCCCUUCCUACUGUGACACCCGCUCCCGCUUACUUGCAGACCCUCAGCAGACCACCGCCCUCCUGUACAUCCUUGUGCACCCCAAGACCCCAUCCUGCAAGGAUACCCUUGUGCCCUGGAACACCCAUUUACUUCAAGGGACUCUCCAUGCCCAGAGCACCCCAGUGCGCCCCAGGUAUCCUCCCCACCUAGAUUUCCUCCCUUACCUCUACACAGGAGAUACUCCCUCUAUGCCAGAGGCACUCCCACCAGAACUCCAGGAGCCAUGUGUGCAGAGAAAAUUCUCUGUCCCUAGGCCCUCUCUGCCUUGGAGCCUCUCUACCUUUGCAACCACACACACCCUUCAGCCUGAGGUCUUCUCCUCCUAGGCCAAGUUGCUUCCCUCUUCCACUCCAAGGGCCACCCAUAGGCUCUAAGCCCCAGUUCCAGUAACACUCAGGCCCCUGCCCAGACAUGCCUAAAUCCAGCACCUCUAUAGCUUUCUGCUGCUGAGAUCCCUUCCCUCCCUGAGCCCCAGCCCCCAGAGCCCCCACUUAUGACCCCUGAGACACCCCUUACCUGGAGGAAGGCCUCUUCCCUUUAGACUCCUCCUUGGCACUGGGAGACCCCACCCACUGAGAGUGCAACGGAAGUAACCCUCACCCCUACCCCCAGCCGACCGCUGUUAUCCCAUCGCCAGUGCCCUAGGGAGAGCUGCUUCUAAGAGGGAUGCUUGCCAGCCUCUGUUGCUCAGUAAAGAUGCAGCAAUUCAGCCCAGCACCGAGGCCUUCCUUGGUUACUUUGUUUGCUUCUUCCCUUCCAACCAACAAACUUCCCUUCCUCCUUUUAUUUUUAUUUAUUUAUUCAUUUAUUUUGAGAUGGUGAAAAGAAUUUCUAAACCUUUUCAGCACUUACUCCCUGUCUCUAACCCUGCCAGAAGCACAUUCAGUCACUGAUUGUUGUACCUGUGGGAAUCACCACAGUUAGAUAAGUCUAGGAAGUCUGAGUGUGUGUGUGUGUAUGUGUGUGUGUGUGUGUACACACGUGCAUGCAUGCGUGAGCUCCUUAUAUAUUAUAUUAUAUAUGUCUCGGGGUUGUGGAAUCCCAUUUGGAGCCAGUACUGGGGUUAGUGCGUCUAUCACAGAGCCCCUGGCCUGGGAGGAAUGAGGCAUCUGGCAUGCAUGCCAGCCUGGGCCAAUUACAUCCUUCACAGGCAGCCUUUGGUCCGUCAUUUUCCGGGUCUAAUAAGACAGCAGCAGUGAAGCCACAUGCCUGGCAGGUCACAGGGGUUGGAGGUGGGCAGCUGGAGUUGCCAGCAGUCUUGACACUCUUCCAGGGUGAGAUGUGGCAAAGGCAAGCGGAAGCCGGGCAGGGUGAGUUUGAUUGGGCCUUGGUGGGAGUUUCAAGUCCCUCUAGAAGGAUUAUCAUCUGCACAUAGUCUAGAACGGCCUUUGCUCACCAGACGGAAGUACCUGUGAUAACUCUACCUCCCGGAUGGGUCACAACUCAGCUCUACCUCCCCUCACCCCGAGGCAGCUCCCAUUUCUCCUGGGCUCAUCAGGCAGUGAGUUAAACUGAACCACAGCCAAAAACCCAUCCCCAGUGGUUAUUUUUACCUCAAACUAGGACUAACUUGUUAUUUUAAAGUCUUUCUUGAACUCAAGUGACAACUAGAGAGAACGGCUGUUGCCUUUGCUCCGCCAACUGGUCCUUACUGGUGUGAAAUAUUCACUGGAAACCCACAGCUCGGCACUAAAGCGAAUCUGCAAACAGAGCCUCUGAAUAUUCUGAUCUCAAAUGGACGUGCUCGCCUGUCUCUAUCAGAAAAGAGGCAGCAGUUACAGAGGUACACAUGGCCGAGAGGAAUCCGAUUCCCCCCGGAGUAUGGUUGCUGCAGGCCCACCAAGGGCUUCAGUGGCAUUUCCAAGGGGCUGGUCCUGCUCCUCUCUUCCUUCUUUCCUGUUUCCCUCCUCACUGCACUUGACCCUGGGCACAGCCAAGGAGACACCCUAGCUGACUCAUUGCACUGCUGUGCUGCCUGUUAAUGGGAAUGGGAUUGGCGAACUAUCCGUGGGGCCCCAGGGAUUAGAAACAAAGAGGAAAUAAGAGUGCAAUAGCACAAAUUGUAGCUCACUGGAAGGACAGAGCACAGCAUGUAGGAAGUGAGAUGGAAACCAUGAUGAAUGUUUAAAUAAGGAAAAUGGUUACAGUAGAAGAUACUGUUAUUAAUUGACCUUGAGAAUGCUCCGCUUGCUCCAAAGCCACUCAUCCUGUCAUUCUUGAUGAACUCUUUCUUGUCUUUAGUUGUAAUGCCUGGCUACCUCCAGGUUCUGAAUUGACUCAACAUGUUUACCUCUCAUGGUCUUUUGACUUUGGAGAAAGGCCAGAAGUCGCACAGUUCCAGCGCCAAUGAGCAAGGUGGAUGAGGACACAGUGUCAUAUCUUUCUAUGACAGAAGUGACGUGUAUAGGAAAUGGCCUGAGAAAAGAGUAAAAAGGCUUCAUCCUCCAUUGUGACAGUACUCUGUGUCACACAUCAUAUCUAGUAAGGCAAUAAAAGCAGUAGUGUGUCUUCAUUCACCUUAUUCACCAGAUCUGGUACCACGUGACUUCUGUCCCUCCCCCAAAGUCAGAAGGAGCAGUGAAAGGUAAACAUCCGACUGAUUCAGGACACCAGGGAGCAGGACAGUGCAACUGAAGACACUCACGAAAGAGGACUUCCAGAACUGCUUCAGAAAGUGACAAGGACAAUGGGACUGGAGUAUUUGCAGAGAGGCAGCGUAUUCCAAGGGAGAUUAAUGGCAAUGCAUUUCCUACUGUAAUUUUUAAAAAUACAAACAUUCAUUGUAUAUUUUGAUCACACCUCAGAGUAUUACAUUUGGAACCCAGGUCUGAACCCUGAUUCUGCUGCACUUCCACAGUGUAUAAUCUACAGAAGUCAUUUAACUUCUCAGAGCCUGGGUUUUCUUUCCUGUAUGAUAAACUAGUAUACUGGAUUAUUCCGUAAGUCUGCUUCCUGAGUGGUACAUAGCUUAACGCUAAUAAGGAUCGAGAUAAUAACAGCGGCUAAAGUCAGAAAAAAUCUCUCCCUCCCAACAGACCAGGCUACCAUGUGAGGAAGCAAGAGCCAUGCAACUGGAAGGAGUCCAGUGAAGGAAAGGGCACUGUCGCGGGGGUUCUAAGAAGAAUCUCUGCCACCCCUGGGAAGCUGGAUGAGAGAAACCCUGCCAUUGCAGCUCUUGGGGGGAGGGGCCGAAGAGAAGCCAGCGAAGGCUGUGAGCCAGAAAGCAGACAUCUGGAUCCUGGCGCAGAACCAUACUGCGCCACGCAGCCCACCCACUGGACCCGACUUGGCCCCCAGAGUCUAUUUUUGCCCUUCUCAUCCUCUAGAUCUAUUUUGUUAAUCUCCUUAUAUUUGCUGUUUGGACUUCCCAGCCAGCUUGCUAAUCAGUUUGCCCAUUUGACUCAUAGGGUUUGCAUUUGUCACUGGGACCUAAACACACGCUUGUUUUGAUUUCUUUUCGUAAAAUUAGAAGCGUUUGAUGUAAUGACUCUACCUAGACACAGCUGGUAAAGUGAGAAUAAUGUUCAAGUUUGCAUAGUUUAAACACAAUGUAGACAAUAAUUAGAAAUACUAUCUUUAGAUGUUUAGGAUAAGCUUUUUCUCAGAAUUGCAGUGAUUUUUUUUUUUUCCUGAGUGGGGCUUUUUAGUGCAUAUACACAGAAAUACUAAAAAUGUGAAAAAAAAAUAGAGCAAAUCAGUGAGUGCUUUGGUCAACUUGAAAGACUGCAG